AUGCCGGCAAGACUGAAAAAAGAUUUUAGGAUGCAGGAACCAGAGGUGCAAAUUGAAGGAGUUAAUGUGGCAUUCAAAGAGCCUGUGCACAAAAUCCUAGAUCAAAUUAAGAACGAAUCGUUCUUCAGGUGGCCAAACAAAAUGGGGGGUAACCCAUCUCGGGGGAACCAAAACUUGUAUUGCACAUACCAUAGGGACAAAGGGCACACCAUUGAGCAGUAUCAGGUACUAAAAGAUCAUCUCGGGCAGCUAGUAAAAGUAGGGUAUCUGAAAGAGUUUGUGGUGGACUCUGCUGACCGAGAGGCCGGCCAGGGUGUUCAGCAAAAAAGGAAUCCCCUCCCACCACCGCUGGGAGUGAUCGAAGUCAUCCAUGCUGCCUCGAGAGGUAUGGCAGCAGCUAAAAGGGUAAUGACAGUGGCUUACACGGAAGGAGAAUCACCCGAGAAGAGGUUGAAAGUUGAUCGACUAACCAUCUCUUUCAGCGAAGAAGACUUGGAAGGGACGAUCUAA